UUGGCGGCCCCUCCCUACAGCCCAUCCCCUCCUAUAUAUUCCUACUGAUCCCUCAUUAAUGACGCUCAUCCUCUUCCCCUUCAACUUUUAUUAGUUUCCUCAAAUGGGUCGCUUCAACCUCCUCAUUGCACUAUCUCUUCUUUCUUUGUUCGUCUUUCCUUCUCCAACCCUCGCCCAACUCCGACAAAACUUCUACGCCAACAUCUGCCCCAAUGUCGAGAACAUUGUCCGCUCCCAAGUUACCAAGAAAUUUCAACAGACAUUCGUCACUGUUCCCGCCACUCUCCGCCUCUUCUUCCAUGAUUGCUUUGUUCAGGGAUGUGAUGCCUCUGUGAUUAUUGCUUCCACUCCAUCCAACAAGGCUGAGAAGGAUCAUCCCGACAACCUCUCGCUUGCCGGAGAUGGAUUUGAUACCGUCAUUAAGGCUAAAGCCGCCCUGGAUGCCAUCCCUCAAUGUCGAAACAGAGUCUCCUGUGCCGAUAUUCUUGCUUUGGCCACUCGUGACGUCAUCGCAUUGUCCGGCGGACCGUCGUACGCGGUGGAGCUGGGAAGGUUAGACGGCCUGGUUUCAAGAGCCUCCGACGUGAACGGGAGACUGCCAGCACCGACCUUUAAUCUCAAUCAGCUCAAUUCUCUGUUUGCUAAGAAUGGGCUGACACAAGAGGACAUGAUCGCUCUCUCAGCGGCACACACCGUCGGAUUCUCACACUGCGGGAAGUUCUCGAACCGAAUUUACAGCUUUGCCCCUGGAAAGCCAGUGGACCCUUCCUUAAACAGAACAUAUGCAAACCAGCUACAACAGAUGUGCCCGAAGAGUGUGGACCCCAGAGUGGCAAUUAACAUGGACCCAAUCACGCCCAGAGCAUUCGACAACAUAUACUUCAAAAAUCUGCAGCAGGGAAUGGGCCUAUUCACCUCGGACCAGGUUUUAUUCACCGACUCCAGGUCCAGGCCCACAGUGAAUUCCUGGGCCAGCAACUCCCAGGCCUUUAAUAAAGCCUUUGUUGCAGCCAUGACCAAGUUGGGCCGGGUCGGCGUAAAGACCGGUAGAAACGGUAACAUCCGGCGUGAUUGCGGAGCCUUCAAUUAAUCCCUCUCUACUUCUAUUCCAGUUUGCGUGUGUAUAGAGCGCCCGACUCGACGAUUCGAUUGGGUCGGCAUUCCGUUGAAGGGAACCAGUUUUAAUAAUAAAUUUUAAUUUUAAUUCCUCCA